CGAGUACCUGGAGAAGGACAACCAACGCACCCAGCGUCGCUGCCUAUGCUGUUCGCUCGGAUUAGGUCUAAUGAUCACCGGAGCCUUCAUUGCAAUUAUCGCUCUGCUGUACGGCACGGUGCUGCCGGCGGUGAUUGACAAUGCGGUUAAGGACGGCGUCGCGACCUGUAGCACCUCGGACAUCGAGGAGGACAGCUACCUCGACCCAUACGCCGACUGCGACGACUGCACGCCGUACUACUACAGCCUGCACAUGAUGAACGCGACCAACGCCGAGGCCUACCUCGCCGGAGACGCCGACACGCUUGAGGUGCAGGAAAUGGGCCCGUACACAUACCGUCGUCGUGAGGUCAAGUUGGAUGUUGAGCUUCUGGACGAUGGAAAUCGCGUGAGCUACAAGCAGUACACGUACCACACGUUUGAGCCGGAUAUGAGCUGCGACGGAUGCUCUGAUACCGACGAGGUCACCGCUUUGGACGCGGGGUACAUGAGUGUUAUCGCGGGUGCCGGCGGUGAAAUGGCCUUCCUUGUGCGCUUGGCACUCGGUUCGUUCGCCAAGGGCAGCAACACCAGCGCAGCCCUCAGCAUCGUGGCCGAGAACGGCCCGCAGAUGAUGCGCUGGGUCAACGGUCUCAACUCAAUGGACCCGGAGGCCAUGCGUACAGUAACCAACAACAGUGCCGUACUGACCUUCCUAGCCACAGGACCCGACGCCAUCGCCGACAUGGACCUAACCGGUUUUGCGUACAAUGGUCUCUUCGCCAAGCGCACCAUCUCGCAGUGGGCUCUGGGUUACCCGAGUUUGUUGGCUGGAUUGGGUCUCGGCUCCAACUACCUGAACCUGUGUGCGGUGGACGGAGGACUCAACGAACAGUGCGCAGCGUGCGCGACUAGCACCAGUGCUGAAUGUCUCGCUCUCUAUGGUGAGUGCAACAAAUGCGCUAGUGGUGCCAGUGUUGUGGCCAUCAACGAAGAAACGUGCGCCAUCAUCGAGGCCACGUACGCCGCUGCAUAUGGAGCGGAGGAGGCCGCCAGCUUCGCCGGUACCACUUGCGGGCUGUGCAGCUCUCUCGGUCUGUGUGCUGCCCCUCUUCCCGGUGUUGUCGAGUCCAGUGGCCGCAACUACUCUGUUACCGCCCCCAACGCGUCCUCCUUGGGAACGUAUACAUUGCGGACGGGCUGCGACGACGCAGACUACAUCAACGAGUACGAAGAGUACGACGGGUACACGAAGACUGCUCUGUGGGUGGACCUGGGCGAGCGCCGUAACCCGACUUUGACGGAGGUGAACGCCUUCGCUACCUAUGGUAAUUGCGCUGCUCCGACGUCUAACAUGACGUGCAGCCCCGUGUUCGGUAACGACGCCACCAGUAUCGCCCCGGGCGGCGUGAGCAUAUCCGGUUUUGAGGACAAGAUCUCGAUUGCAGGCUUCAACAUCUACCUGAGUCAAGGUCGUCAGAACUUGACGCUGUUUAAUCAACACCAGGAGGUCGAGUACGAUGGCAUUACGCUGCACCGAUGCCGACAGUCUGGCGGACCGACUUGCAGCAUUUGA